AUGAAUAUUAUGUUCUCACAAGUGGUAUCGGCCCGUUAUGAUGCAUAUCAAAAUGCCAAGGAAGCAGAUAAGAAAAUGUUUUUGUGGGAUUCAGAUGUGAUGUCAAUGAUUACGGGAAUUGACAAUCAAUUUCUGGCGUCGUGGAAGGGAGUAGACACUGUAUAUUGGUGCCAGAACUACCUUCGAGCGCAUUGGUUUACAGUUGAAGCCUCCAUUUCUACUUUGACUCUAAAUUUUUAUGAUUCAGAUGUGAUAGUGAUAAGUGAUAAACAAUUGCAAUCCUUUAUGAAGUCAUGGUCUACUUUGUUCCCAUCGCUGUUAUUGCAGUCACAGCUUUUCAAGGACGACCAUCGGUUGACGAUUCCACCUGGAGCUAAAAUAUGCAAAGAGUUCAAUGUGCACCGCAUGCCAAUUGAUUCAGUACCCCAAACCAAAGUUAGUUUAGGUUUCGUUCACAGUGGAGAUUGUGGUGUGUACGCCAUCAAGAACAUUGAGCACUUAUUGGGUAGGCUACCACUUCACACGAUCUGUGAUAACAACAUGGAGUUGUUCAUAAACAAAUGGACAGUUGACUUAUGGUAUCAGAAUGUUAGACAUUGA